AUUUACUUCUUAUGUGAGCGUUUGACGUGACUUUGAUUGAAAUUUUGAACGUCAUGUUUUUGACAGCAAUACUUGUUUUUAAUGGAAUCCUGGUGGUUUCAAGUUAUCCAAUAGUACCUGAACAGAUUGGAUGCGAUAAAGGAGAACCUUUAAUUGACAGUACAUCUCCUGAUAUCAACAUAACAGUUCUACCGGAAGUGUUCAUCAACAAAUCAAGCCCAGUUAUUGUAGUCUGUGACGCGGAUUUUCCGCGCUUCCUGCCUCCUCAAACCAACUAUUCGCUAUUGCAAACGGUAAAAAUUGAUAUUCAUCUGGGAACUUUUCUACUCAAAUCUUGUGAUAAAAGUCUUGUUUCCCAAUGUAUUCAUAAAAUCAAAAAUUUCUCUACUGGCUUACCGACCACAUUCAGCUGUACAGCUACAAAUGCAAGGAAUGAAUGUCGUUUCAAGUUUAAAGACAUUUCAAUUUUAGAACAGUAUAGUACAACAAGUACAACACCAGCUAUAUCAACAACAAUAAUACCAGUGAUAAAAACAACAAGUAAACCUACACAAACAGAUAAAGAUGAUGACGAUGAUAGUGACAUCGGUGAUGACGACAUUGAUGAUGACGACAGUGACAGCGAUAUUGAUGACGAUAGUGAUGAAGAAAGCAAUAGCGAUUCAAAUAAUGAUUAGAAAUAAAGUUAACAUGAUUCUCAUACCAGCAUAUUGCAUUUAAACUUUGGAUCAUUACCACAAACACACCUUUGCUUGCUACAUAUAUACUGUGAGCUAACACAAACAUAUAUAAGUAUAUAAACGUAUAUUUUAAUUGCUUUUUUGGUAGGAAUUCAUAGCCCUUUUACGAAAUAAACAUGUUUUUCAUAUACUUAUCUAUUAAAAACUUUUCAUAGACUUUAACAAAA